AUGAGUGGCAAGCCAAUAGCAGUGGCGUUCGUAUGUCUGGGUAAUAUUUGUCGCUCCCCAAUGGCAGAGGCAGUAUUUAGCCAUGUUGUAAAGGAGAAAGGUCUUCAAUCUCAAUUCUCCCGAAUCGAUUCAUUUGGUACUGGGGGUUGGCAUGUUGGACAGCCUCCUGACUCAAGAUCUGCUGAGACUUGUCGAAAACAUGGAGUUCCGGUUAAUCAUCGAGCACAACAAAUAAAAGCUCGUCAUUUUGACGAAUUCAAUUACAUCAUAUGCAUGGACGAGUCCAAUUUGCGUAACUUGAAGAGACUGAAACCCGCUGGAUCGAAAGCAGAAAUUUACUUAUUUGGGCAUUGGAAUACGGAUGGUAAAUUUAGAGAAAUUGUUGAUGAUCCCUACUAUGGUGGUAACGAAGGAUUCGAAUACAAUUUUAAGCAAAUUUCAUACUUCAGUGAGGAAUUCCUAAAGAAUGAACUACAGUUGUGA